GUGUAUGGGUAACCGGCAGACUAAUUGCGAGGAGCGGAGAGCUGCUGGCUCCGAUCUGCCAGAAGCGAGAGUUUCUUCAUCGUCAUCUGGUGACUCCAUAACGAGCGACCUUCGCAGCAUACAUAUUGGAGAAGGCUUUGAAACUGACACAAAUCUGUUCAGAGGCCAAAUCUUGAUCAACGAUACCGUAAACUACAGUUACGGUGGAUUUGCAGGAAAUGCUACGCAAGAAGCUGUACAGGCUGACAAUACCGCAGUGCUCGCUCUUAAAUUCGAAAAUUUAGAGGAAGAAUGGGAAACAGAUUUCUCAUCUUUUACGCCAAGUGAAGAGACCGCAGAUGAUCAAUCGAGAUUAGUUUCACCCUGUGCUGGCCAAUCGGCACCAUUUCGAAUUGCUGUCAAUAGCACAACUGCUGAAUCUUCUACAGCCCCUCAAACAACAUCUUCCGAUGUUUUGUCCUCCACUGCAGCCCUUACGCCCCCAUCGUCACUCAGCUCUUCGGAUACAUGGUUUGGAUUACCAAGUCUUAUCGAAACCUCGAGAAAAAGUCAAUUGGAAGAAUUUGCGAAACCUAGCACAGUUGAUGAAAUUUGGAUUGCAAAAGCGCACGAAUAUUUUGAUAAUGAGGAAACUUAUAAACACAAGCCAAAAAAACCCACGUCAGGAAGACGAUUACGAAUUGGACCAACACAAAAGAAAAGCUGGACCGGAAUGGUGAGAGAGAUGUCCCUCCGGCAUCCUCUUCCUGUGAAUCCGGCACCAUUUCCAAUAUCAAAAGCAAUGGAUGAUUUAAAACUUAGACCUGAGAAACGAUUUGUAAUGCGAAAUGCAAAGUGA